GCGAAAGAAGGUGGUGCGAGAAAUCAAGGGUCUACCCAAAUGCGACCUGACAGGUUUCCCCCAACAUCUGGGCGAGGACCGUUGGUGGAACCAGGUGGUGGUGCGGUUGCACGCCCCCAGAAAAAAUGGCUGCCACCACUGCCACCGCCUCAUGGAUCACCGGUUAUCGGUAAGGGAACGGUGUUGUUGUUGUUGUUUUUUUGGUUUGUUAGUUAGCUGAAUGUCUUGGUUAUGUCUGGAUUUCAGAUUGGCAUGAUGGUGGAGAUGGCGCGUCAACCCCCCAAUCUCGACCGCUUGAUGAAUGAGGGCAUUGCCUUUAUCAUUGAUACCUUCAAGCAUCAGAUCCCCCAGUGUCCCCUUGGAAGACUCCCCGUCAUGAGUGGCAGGAGGAAGGCCGCGUACGAUACAGUGGACAAAGUCAUGAAGAGACUGGACUUGAUUAUGAAU